AUGCGGCUACUCUGGCUGCUGUUGCCUUUGCUACCGGUAGCGCAUUCAUUGCCUGGGAAUACCACGGAUGACGAUCUUCUGUGGGGCGUAUACAGGCCUGGUUUAUACUUCGGCCUCAGGCCACAGCUACCGCAGUCACUAAUGACCGGUCUCAUGUGGUUCGGCACCCAAAACUACCAGUCGCUGACUAAAACACGUCACGCGUGUGACCAGGGCGAUGGUUUAGAUAGUUACACUUGGACGACAUACGAUCCUCGCCAAGGUGGCGUCCAGGUCAUCAAGGACAGUGCCAACAACGUCGAAAUUACAACGGAGUUGUUGAAGGUUCCUGGUGGCAGUCAUGGUGGCAGUUGGGCAGUUCGUGUCAAAGGAAAGCCAAUUAACCUAGCGUAUCCAUCACGGAUAUCUGCAAUGUUCUAUUUGGGAAUAGAGGGACUAGGUGGUCUUGAUAUGAUUACAGACGAGGAUGAGAAUGGUAUCGAUGGACCCAUCGAAUUUACUGGAAACACGCCAGAUCUCGAUGAAUUCGCUCUCCGCAUCGUAGACGGACCCGACAACAAGGCCAUAACGAAAGGACCUCAUGCGGAAGAAUUCGUUGACAGACUGGGAAAAACCCAUUUUGUCGGUUUGCGCAUCGGAGCGAACGAACUUUGGACCGCUAAGGAACGGAUCCUUCAAAGUAUACUUGGUCGGGCGUCGCCGUUGGCAGAGAAAUACCGUCAAACGGACCUUGCCCCUGACCCCUCAUUCAUACUGCAGCUUCCAGAUGAAUCUGUCACUGGGAGCAAUUUAUACGCAGUACAGAAAUUAUUUGACGGCGAAUUCCAAUUUGACGUCAUUUUCCAGAGUGGUAGCGCCACUCAGAUACCUGAUAGUGUAGUCCUUGAUCGAGGAGUCGCUGCUUUGACAGCUUCUUUCACGGAUCGAUUCAGGACUGUAUUCCCAAUACGCGAGGCAGGCCUUGCGCUAGACCUUGAAAGGUUGGAGUCUUUCAGCAAGGCGAUUACAUCCAAUUUGUUCGGUGGGAUUGGUUAUUUCUACGGAACGUCUAUCGUGGACAAGGGUUUCGCCUAUGAAUGGGAUCAAGAGGAUGAUUACAGAUAUGAUGAAGACGACGGACAACGCAAUUUCCAGCAAGGGCCGAGGCUCACUGAACCUAAGGCAUUGCUCACUGCUACCCCUAGCCGAAGUUUCUUUCCUAGAGGAUUUUAUUGGGAUGAAGGCUUCCAUUUACUCCAUAUUGGAGAAUGGGAUAAUGAUUUAAGCUUGCAAAUAUUGAAGAGCUGGAUCGACCUCAUCGAUGAGAAUGGUUGGGUCGCUCGCGAACAAAUCUUGGGAGAGGAAGCUCGCAGCAGGGUACCACCUGAGUUUCAAACCCAAGUUCCUAACGUUGCCAACCCUCCAACUUUGACAAUGGCUGUAGCGGCAUUCAUCGAGCGCUUGAAAGCUACACACAGCGCUCCUUCGUACGCUGAACUUGGAAUGGAUUAUCCAGGAAAUGAGGGGCAAGAGCCCCUGUUUGGCUCCCCGACAACUCCGCAGCAAGCUGGGACCCAACACCUCGCUUUUGAUAAAGGCAUCUCGUUCCUUCGUAGCAUCUACCAACCACUCAGACGCCACUACGAUUGGUUCCGUCGUACGCAACGUGGUCAAAUCAAGCAGUAUGGUCGUAAAGCACGCUCGCGCACUGAGGCGUAUAGAUGGAGGGGACGCACGGAGACACAUGUUCUUCCUAGUGGUAUGGAUGACUACCCAAGACCAACGGCUCACUCUGGCGAGGUACAUCUCGACCUGAUUAGUUGGAUGGGCUUUUUCACAAGGACAAUGCGCGGUAUCGCAGAAUUUAUUGGAGAAACAGAAGAUGCUGCGAGCUUUGCAGAGAUUGAAAAGGCUAUCAUUGACAACAUCGACGAUCUGCAUUGGAACGACGAGCACCAGAUGUACUGUGAUGUCGGUGUCAACCAAGAUGAUGAAUCGGAACAUGUUUGCCACAAAGGUUAUAUUUCCCUUUUCCCAUUCAUGCUGUCUCUGCUUCCUCAAGACUCCCCUCACCUUGGACACAUUCUUGAUUUGCUACGCGAUCCCGACCACUUGUGGUCUCCAUACGGAAUCCGUAGCUUGUCCGCAUCACACCCAGUCUUCGGAACAGGUGAAAAUUACUGGAGAGGUCCUAUAUGGAUACAAAUGAAUUACUUGGUCCUGCGGGCACUGCACAACACGUACGCCACUGUGGACGGCCCAUUCCAAGAACAUGCAAAAGCAAUUUACACGGAGUUAAGAAAGAACAUCGUGGAAAACGUGUUUAAGGAGUAUGAGCGGACUGGCUAUGUCUGGGAACAGUACGAUGCCACCACGGGCGAAGGGCAGCGAAGCCACCCCUUCACUGGUUGGACGUCGCUAGUUACUCUUAGUAAGUCGCCUCGUUAG